CCUGUAUCCGCAAGCCCAAAUAUCUGAGACUUGCUGGAGGUUUGCUCCGUUUAUAAAAGGGCCAAGUUUUUUCUUUCUCGCUUGUACACGUUGCCAGGUCUGGUAUUUUGAGGUUGUACUUUCCUUGGAUUUUAAUAGCGAACUAUUUUUCAUUGAUGUGGGUAUUUUGGAGGUCUGGAGCUCCCAUUACGCUUAUAUGUGGAUGUGUAGCCACUAGCCUGUAGUUGAGGUGUCACUUUACAGUCAUAUGAUCAAAGCAGUUAAUUUAGUUAGGAGAUAUUCUGAUCUCAGUUUUCACUGACGUUUGCUCAGACAGUAACCUUGUCCUGUCUGCUACCUGUUCUCUACUGGUCAAGGAGUUUGACAUGACACCAACAGGUUGCAUGACUGACUGGACUUGAUGCAUGGUGGUUGCAUGACUAAUGUCUUUGUGGAUUUAUGAAUAAGCAGAUGCAGAUAUGGCUCACACUGUGAUUAAUGGGAGUGUUCCAGAGAAAGGAGAAGAAUCUUUAAAUGGAGAAGAUGGAAAGGAUCCACAAUCUCCAUAUUCUGUGGAGACACCUUAUGGUUUUCAAAUUGACCUGGAUUUUUUAAAAUAUGUUGAUGAUAUACAAAGAGGAAACACCAUAAAGAAACUGAAUAUCCAAAGAAAGCCCAAAGUGGCUAAAACACCCGCAAACCUUAGAAACAUUGGAGAUCAGGUCAGUGGAUGGACCUCAACAGAGUCCCUGUCCUCCUCCAACAGUGAAGACAGCAAAUUGUCACCAUCUUUAUUUAUUGGAGCAAGAAGCCAACACACUCCUCAAACAAGAACUGGUGGUAUUGAGGCAACACCGGCAUUUUUAACUGUUCAGGAAAAUAAGCUGUUACCACCACCCUCACCAAAACCAACUGCACACAACUUCCAUGUUGAGAAAACUCUGAUGGAGACUCGUCGAAGGUUGGAACAAGAGCGAUUGAUCAUGCAGUCAUCCAUCGGAGAUGCCCGCCGACCGAGGUUUGCAAGUUUUGGAGGAAUGGGCUCCACCAGCUCUUUAGCUUCAUUUACGGGAUCCAGUGGACCCAAUCAAGUAUCUCCAAAUUCUCAGCAAGUUCAGAACGGUUUCCAAGCAAAUGGGGAUUACAAUCCUUAUUUUAUUUCAUCGAUGGGCAGUUCCAUCCGUCACAGUCCUUUAAGUUCAGGUAUCACAACACCAGUCACUAACAUCACCCCAAUGCAUCUUCAGCACAUCAGGGAACAAAUGGUGGUUGCAUUGCGACGACUGAAAGAGCUUGAGGAGCAGGUGAAAACAAUUCCGAUUUUACAGGUAAAAAUUUCAGUAUUACAAGAAGAACGCAGGCAAUUGACUGCGCAGCUGAAAAACCAAAAGACUUCAAAUCAGAAUACUGCAUGUGGGUUCCGAAAGCGAUCCUACAGUGCAGGAAAUGCAGAUCGUUUUGAACAAUUACUCCAGACUAAGCAGGGGGGAGAACUCCACAUUGACUCAGAGGAUGAAAUGGAAAGUUUAGAGCAGAGUUCCCUGAGAAUGGAAGAGUUCAGGCAACUGACUGCAGAAAUGCAAGCGCUUGAAAAGAAGAUUCAGGACAGUAGUGAUGAGAAACUAAGCAGCAGUAAAAUGUGCGCAGAACCGUUGGUAAAGAUGAAAGAAUACAGGUCCAUAGCUUCUGGAGCAGAUGUGAAUAUGAAUGAAAUUGUGGUUUACAAUCGAUCUGCAAAACUUCUCAAAGAUGUAGCAGUGGGGCCAACUGUCAAACAUACAGAUGCCUGUGUUGGGGUCACUGAGAUUCUGCUAGGUGUCACUACAGAAGCAGAGAUGGAAAUUGAACUACAACAGCAGACCAUCGAUGCGCUAAAAGAGAAGAUUUAUAGGCUGGAGGUGCAAUUAAAAGAAGCUACACAUGAAGUGGAGAUGAGUAAACUGAAAUUAGAGCUGCAGGUUGCUGGAUCAAGGAAAAAGACAGAUAAAUAUGUCAUGGUACAACCACUGGUCUCCACUGCAUCAGUACAAGCAGUAGUACAAACGAGAAACCAAAUGGUUGGUGACCAUGUCAGCAAUUGUGAUGCUUGUGUAGGCACUCGACAGCAAACCCACAGCAUGGGAGUCACUUGUAAACCAGAUCUCCAAGAUGUUGCUGUGGGGCCAGAUAUACCAUUGAACUGUUGGGUUGUACACGAGAAGGUGGAGUUGCAGGAUAUGUGUGUCGGUCAUCACGUUGUAAUGUGUGAUAAAACUGUGGAUUGUGGGACGGAGAAAAAUUUCUCAGAUGUAGCUACAAACACAGAAGGGUGCAUUCAGGAUCAAGAUCUUAUUGAGAUGAGGGAGAAAGUUCUUCAAACCAAGGAAUUUAAAUCAGUUGGCUGUGGUGAUUGUUCAGUGGAUGUUAUUGUUUGUCAACCAAAAGAACUAAUCUCCUCCAGUACGAACACUAUCCACAUUUAUGCAACUGAUAAAGCUGUAUUUGCAAGACCUGAAACUGCAACCCAACACACACACACAGACAUGUAUAGAUUGAAUCAAUUCACAAAUACUGAGCUAGUAACAUUUACAGACUCUAUGACUAAUACACUUGUGAGCAAUUAUAAUAAAGAAACCAACACUAUAGCCAUUGAAACAAGAACUGUAGCUGUGGGAGAUGGUAGGGUGAAAGAUGUUAAUGGAACUCUUAAGACGCGCUCCAUUGGUGUAGGUACAACAGCCACUUAUGAUAUUGAUUUGGAGAAGUCAUCUGUUAAGACAAAAGAUUUUGGAGUUGGCCAAUUAAACAUAAAUGAGAACUAUCUUGUUGGUUUGAAGACCAGAAAUAUUGGUUGUGGUACAAUUAAUCAUCAACUUGUGACACCAAACACAAAAAGUAUCGGUGUUGGAAAUGAGGCCGUGUUUGCGACAAAAAACCAAGAGGCUGAUCCAGAGACCGAUUCCACAUUAAACCACUAUGUUGAGCGUGUGCAAAGGUUGUUACAGGAGCAGCAGAUGUUACUGGCUGAAAAUUACACCGAGCUAGCUGAUGCAUUUGGGCAGCCCCACUCACAGAUUGGAUCUCUCAACUCCCAGCUUAUCAACACGUUGACCUCAAUAAAUUCUGUCAUGAAACAUGGGAACACUGAGGAAAUAAAGAACAGUGACAUCGUCAAUCCUUGUGUGGACACUGUGAUGACAGCUCCUUAUUCACGUGUUGGCUGUUCCUGGGAAAAGAUUCCGAUUCUGCUGCCCAACAAUGGUGAGCACAGUCCAUGUAUCCAAACUGCCAGUACUGUGCUGUCAUCAACAAAUUUGUCAACUUUGAAGAUCACUGACUCCUGUGAGACCUUACUACAACAGGAAGAAACAACUGUUUUAACCAACCAACAAGCAGCCUCUGCACAUCAUGUGCCUUCGAGCAAUACAAGUACACUCAAGUCCAUAAUGAAAAAGAAAGAUAGCCCAAGAAAGCAUGAAGCAAAUGGCACAAGGAAAAGCCUUCAGUUUGUUGGUGUAAACGGAGGGUAUGAGACCACGUCCAGUGAUGAUUCUAGUUCGGAUGAAAGCUCAACUUCUGAAUCAGAUGAUGAAUUUGAGGAUCAAGUGUAUUCUAAGGACGAAGUUGAGGUUAAUCAUGAAAAGCUGCCAGAGGGCCCUGAUCUGUGUCAGACUGAAACCGCAAAUAUAUCGAAUGAGAAAGAGAUUGCAGUGUCGGGAGGAAGUGAAAAAGAAGCUGACAAAGUGGAAAUAAGGGACAAGUAUGAGUUAAGUGAGAAGGUGUUGUCGGCUUGUAAUAUCCUGAAAAAGCAGCUCAAUGAUCCAAAAGCAAUGGCAAGCAAAGAAGUGAGACUUUGCCUGAACAAUAUUCAGCAUGAAUGGUUCCGUGUAUCAAGUCAGAAGUUGGCAGUUCCCACCAUGGUUGAAGAUUACUUGGCUGGAUUCAGGGAGAUUUCAGCAGAAGUCUUGAAAUAUGUGGUCAACAUGGCAGAUGGAAAUGGAAACACAGCCCUUCACUAUAGUGUGUCUCACUCAAAUUUUGAAAUUGUCAAGUUGCUUCUGGAUGCAAACAUCUGCAAUGUUAAUCAGCAGAACAAAGCUGGCUAUACUCCCAUUAUGCUCGCUGCUCUCGCUGCAGUGGAAAAUGAAAAAGACAUGAAAAUUGUGGAUGAAUUGUUUAGUCAGGGAGAUGUAAAUGCCAAAGCCAGUCAGGCUGGUCAGACAGCGCUGAUGCUUGCAGUGAGUCACGGGCGGAUGGACAUGGUGAAAGCCCUUCUCCUCUGUGGAGCUGAUGUCAAUAUUCAGGAUGACGAGGGCUCCACAGCACUGAUGUGUGCGAGUGAGCACGGCCACGUGGAGAUAGUUAAACUGCUGCUGGCCCAACCUGGAUGUGAUUCCACUUUAGCUGACAGUGAUGGUAGUACAGCUUUGUCUAUUGCUCUAGAAGCUGGUCAUAAAGAUAUCGGAGUCUUGCUGUAUGCUCAUGUCAACUUUUCUAAAGCUCAGUCACCGGGUACACCCAGGCUCGGAAGGAAAACCUCUCCAAGUCCAACAAGACGAAGCAAAUUUGAUUGAUCCUACCUGCCAUUGACUCAGUCCUUUCUAUUAAGCUGCUAUGUAACCUUGUUAAUAUUGACAGACACUGAAUGUAAAUGUGUGCCUGAGCUCACCAGCAUAACGUUUUUUAGCAAUAGUACAAAAGAGGUAGCUCUGCCAAUCUACUGACCAGCAACUAAACUGGAAAGUGUUGUGGAGGCUGGCAUUAUAAAGUCUUCAUUAUACACUCAGCUUGACUAUCGCCUCAUCCAAUGCUGCUGUUGCAAGCUUUUUUUUGUCUCUGUUUUGAAUAUUGUCUUAUCCCCCUGUGUUAGACUACAGUGAACACUGCAAGGAAUUAUUUAGCUUUCUCCUUUUCAUGCAUCCACUAUUAGUUGUAAUCUAUAUUUUGUCUGUAAAAACGUUCAUUAAAACAAGUGUCAUGAUAUUAAUGACAUUAUUUUAAAUCUCUACAUUGUAUUUAUAAUAUUUGAAAUUAUACAAUUGAGUUGGUAACGUGAAAAUUUAAGUGUUGUGAGGGAUGGCCUUUGUUUAGCUUUCCCUUAACUGCAGAAAGAUAUGGAACUUUUUUAUAUAUCAAACAAAAUCAUUUGUACCUGUUCAAAAUUGAGUUAUACAGUAUUUUCAAACUAUUUUAUACACCCAAAUAAAGAUGAAUUUACAUGAAGAAUAAUUUCCUAUUGAACAUAGCUUUUUAAUUCUUUUUAGAAAUUGUUUACAUCACUGUAUCUAAUUUGGUUUUAGUGAUAUUUGAGGUAUUAUUUGUAUAUCAACCUGUCUUUCAAUUAAAGCCUGUACAUGGUUUUCUGUGCAUAUUUAUAAAGACUGCAAUCUUGUCACCUUUAAAGUUGUCAUGUGUGUAUUUAAAAGUUUGAAGUGCCUUAGAUCCUUGCCAUAUUUUCAGAAUAAAAGCGACAUGAUGCUAA